UAUUAUUGUUAAUUUUUUCUAUAUCAUCUCAUUAAUAAUCACUAUUUAUUACUUUCUGAGAAUAAAGACUUUACAAUCGCGCACUGGACAAAUAGAUAUAUGACAACAAACAUGGCGGGAAGUUUGCGAUGCUAGUGUUAAAUAAUUGUUUUGCUUUUCUUCAUCGUUGGCUAUGGGACCAGGCGAUGGAAGAUGCGACUUUGUCGUGCACGAGCCUGAUGUGGCAGUUUAUAAUCCGACAGGGCUGGACCCACCAGUUUGGGAACCAAGACCGGAGGACAUAAUAUCGAUGUUUCAACAGCUGGAGUCACAAAAGAUUUUGGCUCUUACAUGGGUUUGCCCAGGAAGACUUCCUCCACCCAAAGAAUCAUCAGACAUGACUGCAGACUUUCCUUCAGAAGAAGAAGAUGAUAAUGAUGAGAAGACAGAGGAAAGAAAAAUCCCAGAGCCAAGCGAAUUUGACUUUGAUGAUGCAGCUAGCGAGACCACCAAAAUGACACCACGAACACCAGUGUCAUCCAAGACUAAACGACCGGAGAGGCGCAUGGCCAGCAUGGACAAUGUACUCAGCUCUUUACGCAGACAGCAGAAGGCUGAACGAGAAGCCAGGAAGGGUCAAGGUCGCAGUCCUGGCACAUCCCCAUUUCGAACAAGUGCUUCACGCAUGAGUGCAUUCCCAUCAGGUGGGUCACCUGUCUCGCGAUUUGGUGCUGUUGGGAGUUCACUGUAUGGCAGUGGCAGCACUUCACGCAUGAAUGUCACUGCAUCACCUAGAAUGGGACAGGCUUCUGGGUCACCCUCAGCUUCCAGGUCAGCCAACUCACCUUCAACCUCAAGGUUCAGUGCAUCCUCUGAGGCAGCAAAGAUGGGGGUAACAGGGUCACCUCUAAGCAUGAGACCAGUCAGCUCACCUUCCAAUAUGCAUAGUUAUGGCCCUGGAAUACAGAUGUCACAGUCACCUAGGGUGGGAUCACCAGCAGCUGCUACUUCCUCGUCAUAUCUGAUGGGCAUGUCCAACCCCAAUGCAGAUGCAGGCUUAUCUACCCUGCAGUCUGUGCCAGGUUCCUCGGGAUCUUUGAUGGGUACAGCCUCAGGCAUGGAUAUAACAUGUGACCCUGGCAGAGGCUUUGGCCCUAUGACCACUGCUGGUGUAGGAGCCAGACCUAACAUGAUGUUGAUGGAAACAGAGAACCUUCUUGGUGAUUUAGGAAAGACAUAGCUUGUUUAAUUUUGUCUCGUUUGUUUUAGUUGUUUCAAACUGCAUGUCUCAUGCAACAGCAAGGAACAGUAAACCGGGACAUCAUUGUAGAUUAUUACUUGAAGGAAAUGCAAGCACUUCACUUUAAGUUGGAAAAGUGCUCUCUCCAUAUAAUUUGCUACUGUGGUGGGAUGGUAGGGGUCUUAGGUAUUGGUAAAAAGGCAGUUUUGAAAGCAUGCUUAAAUUACUGAUGGAAAGAAUAAAGGACAAAAUAAUUUAUAAUUAGCUUGAGUGAUAGUUCCCUUAUGCUGUACUUAACUGUGCACAACAUAGAUGGUUUUGUGAUAUCAAAAAAAAAGUUUCUGGUUUACAUAUUUUUCUGAAAAAUUUUCAUACUUUGUGGUUCGUUUCAAAGAAUUUUAACAUUACAGCUGGGUAUUGAGUUAAUAAUAAUAAUAGGCAAGUUUAAUGCAUUUUACGCAAAAGACAAGGGGCAGUAAGUAAUGAUGUUACAGGACAGAUGAGCACUACAGUUAGGAAAACAUGCAUGCACAGUGAGCGUCGUCAGGAAUAUGAAAGAACACAGAAAUUAGAGUAAGGUGGAGAAAGAAACAGGUUAAACCAAUAAUAAUAGGUAUUUUCGAAAGAUGUUUGAAGUCCAGAUCAAAAAAAAAAAAAUGCAGCAUCCCCCUGUGAAGAGAAACAAAUGCAGGGCAUUCCAAAUGCUUUUUUACCAAUACUGGGGCCAGAAAAAGAAUGAGCAACAGCUGAACCUCUCCAGUCUGAUAAUGUGGGACUGAGAAAUCUGGAAUGGGCAGAGCAAACUGACUUGCUAGCCUAGGAGGAUGACAACAGCUCAGACAGAUUAGGACAAUACAAAUGCCAACACAAGCUGCUUUGUGGACACAACAGAGAUGUCUGAUCAUACAGUUCAAGAAAAAUGGACUUGCAAACUGAGGUCAUGUUCUCAAAAGAAAAUGUAUUGCAAGUUUAAUGAAGUACAAGUUAUUCAUUGAAGUUUUAUGAAUUAAAUACUUCAUUUCAUCCUAUCCUUGAAUAAUAAACUCCAAAAUUGUAUUAUUGUACUGUAAACUCCAAAAUUGUAUUAUUGUACUGUAAACUCCAAAAUUGUAUUAUUGUAUUGGAAUAUGAAAUUUCAUAAGAGGAAUACGUCACCUAAUGAUUCGAAUCUUAUGUAUAUAAAUAAGUAUCUUUCUACUUUGUGAAAAUAUAAUCUGUAGUUGUCUGUCUGCAUGUUUUCAUUUUUUGAGUGUCUGUUGGUGAGUGACAUAAAAGUUUAGUCCUUGCUUCUCUCCCAAACAUGGAUUGUGCAAUGUGGAUUCACUCUGUACAUUCUGCAAAAUUAAAAUAAUUCCUGUUUUCUAUUUUAGCUGAUCUGAAAGCUGUCAUCGUCGGUUUGUAAAACAAUUUUGCUGGUGCAUUGGCUUCUAGCCACAGAGGGACAAUGCAGCAGUAUUUUACAUUCUGAAACUUCAUGAACUACCUUUUGUAAUGAUGUCAUAGCCAGUCGCUUGGUGAUUUUGGACAAACACCUCUUAGCAGCAUUAUUCCUCGAUUUUAACAAAAUAAUCACAGCGAAAAGAUAAAUGGUUUGUGCAACUCCUAUUCAAGUUAUCUUUAAAAAACUUGAUGA